GGCGGUUCUGAGCCGAACUCACCUGUGGUUGGUCUGCAGCCAAUGACUGGUUAAACAGAGAUGCUUUAAAUCUCAGAGUUUGGGGAGGAGAGAUGCUGCAGCUUCUCUUUCCUUCCUGAACCCCGAGGGUCCAGACUGGACCACUGAUCAGAGUUUUUGUUUUUAAUUUUUUAAGCAGCACUUARACAUUUUAAGUUGUAUUGAAUAUUUUAAAUGACCAAAUAGUUCCUAAAUCAUUUAAGUUUAACUUAAAAUCAGUAAAUGUUUCCUUCCAUUCAUUGACUUUAACUUGUAUGAAGGAAGUUAGAAAUAUUUCACUGAGAUGUUUUCAUUUGUAUCAAUUUAAUGACUUUGUUCACAUAAUUCUAUAUUAAAUUUGAUGUUUAUGUUUUUAUUUUGUGUAAAAUUUCACUUGAUUCAGUUUUUUGUUUGGAUUUAUUGAAGCACAUCCUGAUUCUAACACUAAAACCAGACUGUUUGGAAGAUGAUUCACUUUUUUAUUCUACAAGUGUUAUAGUUUGAGUUGAGUCUGAAGCAGUACGUUUUUCUGAAUAUUGAAUGUUUUUGUCAUUUAUUGUGCUGUUUGGUGUUUAAUGUGUGAAACAUUUUUACUGCUCAGCUUAAUGAAGCUUCUCUGUUUUCUUUUAGAUUCAUAAUUUAACAACAAAAAACCUCAUAACAACUUAAUCCUGACAUGACUGCAUGUUUAGUUUAUUCUGUUCAACUGAGACCUGAAGUCUUAUGUUAAAUAAAAUACAUAUAUGUAUGAAUCAGAAGCAAUAGUUUUAUAUUAAGGUUAAAGUGUAGAGAAUAAUUAGGAGAAAUGAGAAAAGCAGCACUCAGGAGGACCAGACUACCUGGUUGUAGGGGAUCAUUAAGACCCCUUCAGAAGAAAUAAAUCCUGCAGGAUUUCUGUGUAAAAACAAAUUGUUUAUUUUGCACUGUCACAUUUAAUUACAGCAGUUUUCCAGCAGCUUUUUCUCUCAGAAACAAUCCUGCAGCAAAAAACGUGUUUCAAUCUGAACCCAGUCUGUGUUUGAAACUUUGAUUUAAAUUCAGUUUAGUUGAGUCAGGUUUUAAAAGCUCCUUUGUUGCAGAUGAAAAAUGAACAACUGGACAUUGAGCAGCGACUUCGUGACCCUGGAGGCCCUGAAGGUGACCUCUCAGUCCUCCCUGCCUGCCUUCUUCCUCCUCKUCCUGGUUUACAUCUUCAUCAUGGUGUCCAACAUCGGCCUGGUGGUCCUGGUCUUCAGCAGCCAGGCCCUCCAGGAGCCCAUGUACCUGCUGCUUUGCAACAUGAGCAUUAACGAUGUGUUCGGGGCCACCAUCAUUGUCCCUCACAUCCUCAAAGACCUGAUGGUCUCCAGCUCAGAGCGCUACGUCCACUACAUCGUCUGCACUGUCCAGGCCUUCUGCGUCCACCUCCACGCCAGCGUCUCCCACACCGUCCUCAUGAUUAUGGCGUUCGAUCGCUACGUGGCCAUCUGCAGCCCGCUGAGGUACGCCGCCAUCAUGACCCACAGGUUAGUGGUGGGUCUGUCGUGGGCUGCCUGGGGAUCAGCUGGAGUCUUGGUUCUGAUCCUGAUCGGGCUCAGCGUCCGCCUGACCCGCUGCAGGAGCCUCGUCUUCAACCUGUUCUGCGACAACGCCUCCCUGUUCAGCCUCUCCUGCGAGAACCUCCUGAUCAACAACAUCUAUGGUCUGGGCUACACGGUGGUCCUGCUGGGCUCGUCCAUCUGCAGCAUCACCGUCACCUACCUGAAGAUCGCCGUGGUGUGUCUGAGCAGCAGGAACAAGGUGCUGAACAGCCGGGCACUGCAGACCUGCGCCACCCACCUGAUAGUCUACACCAUCCUGCUGGUGUCGGGCUUCAUCAUCGUCAUCCUGCACCGCUUCCCUCAGCUGGCCGACCACAGGAAGGUGGCGGCGCUCCUCGGCCACGUUGCACUUCCUGCUCUCAACGCCGUGAUCUACGGACUCCAGAUUAAAGAGGUCCGGCAGAAAAUCUGUGCUGUGUUCAAGAAAAACAAAGUAAUGGAUGUAAGAUA